AUGCUGUUCCUUGCUGCUGCCACGGCAGGUUCUGACGGCGGUAGCCCUGGCGAGGUUCCUCCGAGCGGGAUCUCUUCGUACGCAUACUCUUCCUUCGGCAGCAGCAGCGCCUACGGCGCCGAGUACGCCGACCUCCUGGCGAAGUUCGAGUUUAACCACACGCCAACAGAUGUCGGGCAAGGUGGGUCCGCCUAUCUGGUGAUGCUGUUGGGCGCUUGCACGAUGGCGGCGCUGGCGAUCAACAUGGUCGGUCAGUCGGUGGUGAUAUUCAACGCUCGUCCAAACCUCUACACCUUUUCCAUGGCAACCUUGCAGGUGUACUUCUUUAUCUGGGUCUGCGGUUCGUGCUGCUACGGCAGUCGGACGAUUCGACUGUCCGUCCUGUUCAGCACGGGCACGAGGAGAGCUGUGCCGUGGCUAGCCCCGGUAAGGGGAACGGGUCAACGCGACCACGAGCGUAAAUAUUGA